AUGCUGUUCAACGCGCUCCGAACUCGCGCCACGAUGGCCAGGACCAUGGUCCGAGGUGGCCCUGCCGCCGCCCAAAAGCGAUACCUCUCGAUCCACGAGCAUCUCUCCAUGGACAUUCUCAACAAGUACGGCAUCGCCACUCCCAAGUACCUUGCUGCUAAAACUCCCGAAGAGGUCUACAAAGCCGCUCAGUCCUUCGGUGGAAAGGAGAUAGUGAUCAAGGCACAGGUACUUGCCGGUGGUCGUGGUAAAGGUCACUUUGACUCUGGUCUUCAAGGUGGUGUUCAUCUCAUCAAGACCCCCGAGGAGGCACGUGAUCUUGCUGCCAAGAUGAUUGGUAACCACUUGAUCACCAAACAGACUGGUGCUGGUGGUCGUCUUUGCAAUGCUGUAAUGAUUGCUGAAGCUCGUCCUCCACACCACGAGUACUAUGUUGCUGUGCUUAACGACCGUGCUACUCAACUUCCGGUUAUGAUUGCUUCCAACCAAGGUGGUAUGUCGAUCGAAGAGGUUGCUGCCGAAAACCCUGAAGCUAUUAUCACCACGCCUAUCGACUUUGAGAAGGGUCUUAGCAAGGAAGAUGCACUUGCCAUCGCAAAGAAGCUUGGUUUCACCAGUGUCAAGCAGGAAGAACAGGCCGCCGAAACUUUCCAAAAGCUCUACAAGCUUUUCGACGAAAAGGAUGCCACCCAAGUCGAAAUCAACCCUCUCGCCGAAUCCAAAGACGGUGAAGUCCUCUGCAUGGACGCCAAGCUCGGUUUCGACGAAAAUGCAGACUUCCGUCAAGCCGACGUUUUCCAACUCCGUGACACUACCCAGGAAGACCCUGACGAGGUCGACGCCGCCAAGUACGGUCUCAACUUUAUCAAGCUCGAUGGUAACAUCGGAUGCCUCGUCAACGGUGCCGGUCUCGCCAUGGCCACCAUGGACGUUCUUAAGCUCAACGGAGGUAACCCUGCCAACUUUUUGGACGUCGGUGGUACCGCUUCCGCCGCUUCGGUUAAGAAGGCUUUCGAGUUGCUGUUGAGCUCCAAGGAGGUCAAGGGUAUCUUUGUUAACAUUUUCGGUGGUAUCGUUUCGUGCAAGAAGAUCGCAGAGGGUAUUAUCCAGGCUACUCAGGAACUCGAUAUGUCCAUUCCAUUGGUCGUCAGGUUGCAGGGCACUCAUGAGAAGGAGGCAAAGGAAUUGAUCAAGAGGUCAAACUUGAAGAUCUUUGCUUUCGACGGAUUGGACGAGGCUGCUGCUAAGGCUGUCGAGAGCGCUCAGAAGGGUACUCUCUAA